AUGAAGGCGUCGCCGGAGAAGAUGAAUGGGGACGGGAAGAAGAAGAAGGCGUUGGACAUCCUCGCGGGCUCCGAGGACGACUGCGAUGCGCCCGCUGAGGACAACUCGAAGAUCCAGAUCAACGAGGAAUACGCCGAAGAAGACGAUGAGUCUUCUGACGAGGACGUCGCCACCGCCUCCCGCCGCAUCGACCGCCGCAUGCUCCAGCUCAUCACCCGCAUCCGCAGCGGCGACAGCGCCAUCUUGCAGAAGAAUGCGAAGGUGUACUCCUCCUCGUCUGAGGACGAGGACGAGGCCGGUGCAGAGGGGGAGCCCAAGGAGGGGAAGGCCAAGAAGGAGCGGCCACUGUACCUCAAGGACGUGAACGCCCAGCACCUGCUCGAGGAGGGCCCGGAGUUCGCUGCGCAGACUGGCCGCGGCAGCAAGUACGACAGGAUUGGGUACGACGAACGGCAGAGGGAGGGGCUCAAGGAGUUCUUUGAGGCAGAGAAGAAGGCAUUCGCUGAUGGUGAUGGCGAGGAGGACGAUUUGUUCACGGAGAAGCAGACUGAUGGAGAUGGUGGCGAGAGCGAAGAGGAUGAAGAUGAGAAGCGGACAGAGGAGCUGGUGGGUGAGGUUUUCGGGAAGGAUGAGCAGCUCGAUGAAAACGAGAGGUUCUUGAAGGAUUACAUACUCAAUAGGCCAUACCUUGAACCGGGGAGCCAUAAUUUCUCUUUAGAUGAUAUACAGAAGGAAGAGGCCGAGAUUGAAAAGUGGGAGGAGCAUGAGAUGAAAAAUUGCACCAAAGGUUAUAAUUACCGGCAUGAGGAGAUGGCAGCUUCAGAGGCGCUAGUGACUGGUCGGGUAAUGGGACAUCCCCGCCAUAUUGAGGGCUCGGUGAGGAAGAAGGAGAGCAGCAGGAAGAAGCAGCGGAAGAGCAAAGCGGAGCGGAAUGCAAAAGCCAAGCAGGAGCAGGCAGAGGAGCUGAAGCAUCUCAAGAAUUUGAAGAAGAAACAGAUUGCUGAGAAGCUCGAGAAGAUCCGGAUGAUUGCUGGAAUUGAAGGGGGUGCUGCCUGCAAGCUUGGUGCAGAUGACCUGGAGGAGGAUUUUGAUCCAGAGGAUUAUGACAAGAAAAUGCGGGAGAUGUUUGAUGACAAGUACUAUGGUGCUGAUGAGGUUGAUCCUGGGUUUGGAAGUGGGGAAGAUUUGGAUGACAAACCUGAUUUUGACAAGGAAGACAAAUUGCUUGGGCUACCUGAAGAGUGGGCUCUUGAUGCUAAAGAAGGGUCUGCUGCUAGUGGUGACAAAUCUAUUAGCGAGAAGAAGAAGAAAAGUAAAAAUAAGGAGCUUGCAGAUGGUGAUGGGGCCGGUGAGAAAAGGAAAAGGAAGAUCUCUCUCAAGGACAGACUGGAGAUUGAGAAGGAAUUUGACGAGUACUAUAAGCUAGACUAUGAGGACACCAUUGGAGAUCUGAAAACUCGGUUCAAGUAUAGGCAAGUUCAGCCGAACAGUUAUGGCCUCAACACCUACGAGAUACUGCAGGCAGAUGAUAGGGAUUUGAACCAGUAUGUUUCUAUAAAGAAGCUUGCACCAUAUAGGGAGGAUGAAUGGCAUGUGACUCAUCAUCAGAAGAAGAACAAAGAUGCAAUCCUUGGAGGACAUAAGAUACAAGGUAAGAAGGUCAAAGCUCAUAAGAAAUCUAAGUCUGGGGAAGGUCCUAUUUCUGAAAAAACAAGGAAAGAUAAGCUGACAAGUAAUGAAGAAACAUCUGCCAAGACAAGGUCAGAGGGCAAGAAGGUCAAGACUGGCAAGAGAUCUAGGUCCGAGGAAGACACUAGUUCUGAAGAACCAGGGAGAGACAAACAGACAAGUGGACAAGAAGAAACAAAUGCCAAGGAAAAGUCAACUAGAAGUAAACGGAGAAAUCGCAGGAGGAAGGAGUUGCAUAUUUCUCCUAACAGGCGAAAUGCAUAUGGGAUAUGA